UUCUUCCAACUUCAAACUUAACCAAUAACUCAACUUCCCCCUUUUUUUCUCUCUCCUCUAUUUAACCAAACAACCCUUUACUCCAUUGUAUUAUUCUUCUUCUUCUUUUCAUUGAAAAUGUUGGGAUUUAACAAUAUGAUUAUGUUAAUCAUGUUGUGUUACAUAUGUUUUUCAAUGAUUUCCCCUGUUUAUGGGAAUGUUUGGUAUGAUAAUAAAGCUAUUACAAUCAAUAAACAGAGGAGGAUUCUCCUCUCUGGGUCCAUUCAUUACCCCAGGAGCACCCCCGAGAUGUGGCCUGAUCUUGUACAAAAAGCUAAGGAAAAUGGAUUGGAUGUUAUUCAAACUUAUGUUUUCUGGAAUGGGCAUGAGCCUUCUCCUGGCAAGUUUAAUUUUGAAGGAAGAUAUGAUUUAGUAAAGUUUAUUAAGCUAAUACAGCAAGCUGGACUUUACGUUCAUCUCAGAAUUGGACCCUUUGUUUGUGCUGAGUGGAACUUUGGGGGAUUUCCUGUGUGGCUCAAGUAUGUGCCUGGCAUUGAAUUUAGAACUGACAAUGGACCUUUCAAAGAAAAAAUGCAAGAUUUCACAGCAAAGAUAGUCAACAUGAUGAAGGCAGAAAAGUUGUUCCAUUGGCAAGGAGGUCCAAUUAUACUGUCUCAGAUAGAAAAUGAGUAUGGGCCAGUAGAAUGGGAAAUAGGUGCAACUGGUAAGGCUUACACAAAAUGGGCAGCUCAAAUGGCUGAGGGUCUCAAUGCUGGUGUACCUUGGAUCAUGUGCAAGCAAGAUGAUGCACCUGGUGAUGUUAUUAACACUUGCAAUGGCUUCUACUGCGAAAAUUUUGUCCCAAACUCCAAAUCCAAACCCAAGAUUUGGACAGAAAAUUGGACUGGCUGGUACACAAAGUUUGGUGGAGCAGUUCCUUACAGACCUGCAGAAGAUGUUGCCUUUUCAGUUGCAAGAUUUAUACAAAAUGGUGGUUCAUUUGUUAACUAUUAUAUGUUUCAUGGAGGGACAAACUUUGGCAACACUGCUGGUCGUUUUGUUGCUACGAGCUAUGACUAUGAUGCUCCACUUGAUGAAUAUGGUUUACCAAGGGAACCAAAAUACACUCACCUGAAAAAUCUGCACAGAGCAAUCAAAAUGUGUGAGCCUGCCUUAGUUUCUGCAGAUGCAAAAGUGACAAAACUCGGGAAAAACCAAGAGGCUCACGUCUACAGCUCAAAUUCAGGGAGUUGUGCAGCCUUCUUGGCAAACUAUGACGCGCAAUGGAGUGUGAAAGUUACUUUCAGCGGCACACAGUAUGAGCUGCCUCCAUGGUCCAUUAGCAUCCUUCCUGAUUGCAAGAAAGAGGUGUACAACACUGCAAGGGUUUCAGCUCCACGCUACCAUGCAAAGAUGACACCAAUCAGUGGUUUCUCCUGGCAAUCAUACAUUGAUGAAACUCCAACAGCUGAUGAUGACAGUACUUUCUCAGGUUCAGGGUUGUACGAACAAUUGAAUGUGACUAGAGAUAACUCUGACUACUUGUGGUACAUAACAGAUGUUACAGUGAAAACCUCAGAAGAACCAAUUCUCACAGUUAUGUCAGCAGGACAUACUUUACAUGUGUUUGUCAAUGGCCAAUUUCAAGGUACUGCUUAUGGCUCACUGGAGAAACCACAGUUGACAUUCAGCCAGAAGGUGCCAUUGAGGGCUGGUUUGAACAAAAUUUCCUUAUUGAGUGCUGCAGUAGGACUUGCGAACGUUGGUGCACACUUCGAAAGGUAUAAUCAAGGGGUUCUUGGUCCAGUCACACUGCAGGGUCUGCGGGAAGGAACAUGGGACUUGACAAGAUCAAAGUGGUCUUACAAGGUUGGAAUGAAGGGUGAACAACUUGGUCUACACACUAUCAGUGGAAGUUCUUCCGUGGAGUGGGAGCAAUCAGCAGUGGCGCAAAAGCAGCCAUUGACAUGGUAUAAGACUACAUUCAAUGCACCAGCAGGAAGUGAUCCAUUGGCUAUAGAUAUGAGCAGCAUGGGAAAAGGGCAAAUGUGGAUAAAUGGUGAAAGCAUUGGCCGUCAUUGGCCUGCAAACAAAGCGAGUGGCAAAUGUGGGCAGUGCAAUUAUGCUGGAACUUUCACUGAAACUAAAUGCCUAGGCGAGUGUGGAAAGCCCUCCCAAAGAUGGUACCAUGUUCCACGCUCAUGGUUGAAACCAAGUGGCAAUCUUCUGGUUGUUUUCGAAGAGAUGGGUGGUGAUCCAAGAGGAAUUUCAUUGGUAAAAAGAACAGCUAAGUAACUGCAGACUCAAACUCUGCUGUUGGAUAUGAUCACUUGGUUUACUUGACUACAAGAUGGUACAUAGCGUUCAUGGUUUGAUUCUGUUUCUGGUAUAUGAUAAGCACCCUUGGCUGAGAAUCAACCAAGAGGUGGAUCUGUGCUGCUAUAUCUCCGUUUUACAGGUCAUUCGAUUAAAGCCGAAUGCAACUGCUGUCAAAAAAAACUGCCAACUAAGUUGUUGUUUGUACAUAAAUACACAACAGAUUCGGAGAUGUAGCUUUCUUAUUGUAAGAAAUUCUAGGGGCUUGAAUGAACAAAAAAAUAUACCUAGCUCUUGUUUGUAACAUUCAGAGCAGAAAUUUGUUCUGACAUGAUACGCUCUUUAUUCAUCUUCAUUUGUAUACCUAGCAUUUCAGCCUAUGUUCAUACUAUCAGUGAAAUUCGUAGUAUGAAAUGCAUAUCCUUGGUGUGUUUUAUAGUGUGUGCUACCAUUUUCUCAUUAAUUAAGCAAUACAGUUCUGUAAUACUCAUCAUUUAUUUAUCAAGUCAGUCAAUCAGGUUGUUUUCAAGUCA